AGCCAAUCAGCGCGCAGCAUUCCUGCAGCCGUUGGACGAGCCGCGAUGGCGGAGACAAUGAAGCUAACCGGGAACCGGGGUCCGAGUCACGGAACCGGAGACGCGUCCAGCUACCGGGACUGCGUGUGUGAGAUGCUCAGGCUGCUGGCGGACUUCGGGAGAGAGCUCAAAUUAAGCGACGCAGCUCUGAGAAUAGAAGUCAACAUCGACGCCGUGGAUGUCCCGUCGUCUCCAGACGCUCGCGUGUCCGGUUGUUUACAGGAGCAUAUCGCUAAAUUACAGGCUGUUUCAGAAAGCUUAAACACUCUGGUGGAUGCUCACGGCGAUACAUCAUCUCCACAACACAACACGACAGACGAUGCCGUCACCUCAUCGUCGGCCGCGCCGUCUGAGCGUCACCCUCUCGGCUCAGAGGCUGCGGAAAGCAAGGCGGUGGUGGCGGCGGCGGAGGCGGACGACGUCAUGGUUCAGAUCAGAGCCAGGAAGUCAGAGAUCGAGCGGAGAAUAUCUGCAUUUAUGGAACGCAAGCAGAUGGAGAUCAAUGAAAACAAUGUGCGCGAGUUCUGCAACGUGAUCGACUGCAAUCAGGAAAACAGCUGUGCCAGAACAGAUGCAGUCUUCACUCCGUACCCCGGUUUUAAAAGCCACGUGAAAGUUACACGAGUGGUAAACACUUACGGACCACAGACUCGUGGUGGUGGUGGGGGAGGUCAAGGAGAGGCCGGGGAGCAGCAGAGGGGGUCGCUGACAAGAGACUGCGGAAACGCAGCCAUAGAAGAACGACUUCACAACAUCGAGACUCACCUGAAACUCCCCACAGCGGGUCCAGUUCCACUGAGUGUCUACCAGAGGCUAAAGAAGUUGGAGGAUCGUAUCCUGGAGUUGGAGGGACUCUCACCCGAGUACUUUCAGUCAACGAGUCACCUGCACAAGCGAGCGAAGACGUCCCCCGCGCAGGCCUGCAGCCUGACAGAGCUGGAUGAGAAGAUCAGCGCGGUGAAAGCGGCGCUGCUGAAGAGGGUGAAUGAAUUCGGGCCUGGAUACGGAGCAGAGUGCCCGAUGUAACACACUGUGUCUGUUAAUGCAUUCGACAAUGUGUUCAGUCUAAAUAGUUUUGUAGUUAACUGAGAUAAUUGCUCUGUAAAUAAAGGUUUUUUUUUCCCCCU